AUGACGGAAAAUCUUGAGUGUGAGUUUUUUCUUGUUGCUUAAAGUAAUUUUUCUGAGCAACCCAGAACACUCUUUACUCUAAACAGUUAUUGCAGUGUCCGUUGUAAUUCAGUCUGAAGUUAAUGACGAACCUGAAGCUAAGUUGUCCUAAUUAGGCUUGUCAGAUUUAAUUAGUAUUUUUUGCAUACGUCCCAGUUAAAUAUGAUCAGCCUAAACAAAAUGCCACAAAUACACGUCAAAAUAAGAGUAGUAUGUGUGCACGUUUUUGAAUAAACACACCACCAACACAGGUGCCAGCUAAAAGCCUACUUGUAUAGUUACCUAUUUUCGGCCAAUACAUGUGUCGUUACAACCGUCGAGAAUUGUGAUUUUGAUCGUGUGUCCCACGGCACAGCAUGACAGUUUUGUUUCCUCCAACAUCUCCAUAGGAAAUUGCAACAUAAAACGUCUACUUAGUCAUCAUCUUUUUUUCCAAAACAGGCGGCGUACUAAACUAAUAUGCAAAGCAAAGCAAAGGGAAUCGUAUCGAUUAAAUGCGUUUUGGCGUAUUCUAGCAAUCCACAUAUUUUACUGAUUGCGCUGUUCUUGUUCCUUUUAUUUUCAGGCCUCCGAACUUGCGAAAAUGACCUCAAAGAACGUCUUCGUGUUAUUAAUCGACAGAUUGACACACUCUCUCAAGAGAGGGAAACAAUAAGACAGCAACUUGAACAGGUGAGGCUGUUAAUGCCUGUGUGCUUUGGCUACUGAAUAUUGUAUUUUUAAAGAGCCCGAAAUCUCCGUAAAUUAGGAAGCAUCGAGUCUUUUUAUUUAUUUUGUGAUCCCCCUGUGGUGAGUUUUACGAUUUCUGCCGCAGAAUAUUUUGGAGGCCCCACUGCUUGGCCGUAAAUUCGUAGCAGGUAGCGAAUUCCCGGCUUUACUCUUCCCAUUAUUGGAUCUCUUUCUAGUAGUAUACGUUACGUUCACUUUAGCAUUCAGGGAACCCACAUUUACAUGCUGUUGUAAUAUCUUUACGGUCGAGCCAUGUUCUAACAUUAUUCCAUACGCAAUCAUAUCCCGACUUCCAGGUAACUACUAUGUCAGUCUAUUUCAAGAGGAAUCGCAAGAACGACAUGCUUUUCCCUUCUUCGAUGACACGGUUAAAUUUGCUAUAUCUUAUAGAGAAGUUUUUUCGGAGAUUUGCUUUCUUGUUGCAGGGGGCGGUCUUCCUAAAAUUUUUUUUUUAAAUCGCAACAUUUAGAUUCUUUAGUUUUACACCUCAUGCACGUUUUGCAAAACGCGAGCCACGUUCCUACACUUCCAAAUUGUUCGACAUGCACGCUGUUGACAGUUUUUUUACAGAAAUGCAUCAUAUGCCUGGAAAGUGGAGCUAGGAACGUCCGCACUUACAUUAAAGCACACAUUUAAAGACUUCAUACAAUUCUGAAUAUUCUUCGAAACCAAACUACUGGAUUCCUUUGAAUGCUAAUUUUCAAAAAGGCGCAUUUUAACGCAAAAAUAUUGUUGAAGUUGUAAAUUUUCUAAUUAAGUCGUGAGGGGCUGAAUGCUGUGUAUGUAUUACUGUGGGACAGUGUCCCAUAAGUAUUAAUAAUUACACAUCACCGCUGUAUCCCCCUUUGCUUGAAAACGUACCGGGACACCUUAUCGCUUUUGAGAACUCCGCACUUCUACAAUGAUUUUUGAUCAUCUACCACAGUGACUCAUUGCUGUAUUUUUUGCGGAGCCCCUCCAUUAAUUCGUUGUCUUACGAAUCGUUUGGAUUGGGGAGGAGCACCGCCACCAAAAUAUCCUAAAUCAGAAAGGACGUUACCACAAAGCUCCUCAUAACUUGGUGGGUUUCAUAACAUUUGAAGAAGCCAACGAAUACGUGGCUAAACCAAUGCCUGUUGCGGCGUAACUGCACAUCAACAGUUUGAGAUUCUUAGUGAAAAUGCGCGACCGCCAAGUGCACCGAAUAUGGCCCCCCACACACAGCAACAGCACUGUUGUACAACCCGAACGGAUUAAUCUGUUGUCAGGGCGAUCACAGAACCUAGGAUAUCAGGUCUGCUUUAUUAUGUCUUCCCCGCAUCUGCCCGGCGAGAUUAUUUUAGGAAUCAAAGACCGGUUAUCCUUGCCUUUUCCUGCUUUUCAUGUUUGAGCUCUGUCGCUAGCCAUUAGCAGUUUUCGGUCCAUCUUACCUGGAGCGUCAUGGCCCUUGUAGCCAACAACGAGGCACCAAUGUAGUUCAUAUAGCAAAUAAUCUUGUGCCUCUAGAGAGCCCUCCGCUGGAUCGCAAUACCACGAUUUUCCUGAGCGCCUUUUAGACAUCGGGUAGUUUUACUUCAAAGUUUGUUAUGGCCAUGUCGCGCGAGUCGUGGGGUCUUGCUCGAAUUUAGGGUAGAUUAAGUUGCCAACAAUCCGUUACCUGCUCUUGACCUUUGUCACCCAUUCGGAGCUUGUUUACUUCUGGAAGCCAAUAGACCGGCGUGCGCCCAUUUCUGAUAGAAAAGUUCCAAUGUCUGCAUGCCUCGUUCAGUGCAAUCGUGCCGCGUCGUUCGCAAAACACGUAGCUGCGCUCUCAUAGUCAGAAACCUUAUGACCGUUGAUGGUGACACUACACACUGCACGGUCGCUCAAAGUGGUCUCUUCUCCCAACCACCGAUCACAGAGCCACGGACUACGCCGGUUCGCAUUGCCAUAGUGACCGGUACACUUUACACCUGCCCUCGUGCCGACUAGUCCUCGUCCGCCUCGUCUUCAUAGGAACUCUAUCGCAUGGCUUUCUGUAUUCAUAAAAUCGUACUUAACGGAGAACUGAACUGAGCGUGUUGCACCGAUCAGGUGUCUCUUCAGCUGGUCGAGAUUAGGUUUCUUUGUUAUUUCUCGCCAGUAAACUACUGACUCACUGAUAAUACUUCAUAGAAGACGUCGCAUUCGUCGAGCCCAAACGGAUGGCAUUUGGAGGCAAAAGCAUUUACUUAAAUAAAAAUGAGGUCCACCUUUUCUGUAACGUUGAACAGGUUUACUUAAAGUCGGUUACUGUGUUUGGAUAAACAUGAUCCACAAACCGCAUGCUAAAAACUCGCAGACACUGGACCCAGUGGCAACCGUACAAAUUCAGGCGUAGCAUCCUUUCCUGAGCGGGGUGGCGUGCAGUAGGACAAGUUACACUAGAAGAGGUGAGGGGCGACAUAGAACGCGGGUGCCCUUUUGGGCUUAUUCUGCCUUUAUUCGGCCAAUCAUAAUCCCCGACCACCAGCUGGGACCAGAAGCACAAACGUGCGCUCACACAGCACUGGGUCAUGAGCCCUUCAUCGAACCGAAGCUCAUCAUUGCCUCGCCCGACUGGGUAUUUAUUCAAUCAGGAAUGGGCGCACACCGAUCUAUUGGCUCUCCAAAGCAAACAAGCUCCGUAUGCGUGGCGAAGGUCACGAACAGGCAACCAAUUGCCAGACCGAAGUCGGUCAGUAAAGAGGCUGGCAGGUGGCGAGGCACUGGUGAACUUCAGUUCGAUGAAGUGCUUAUGACCCAUCAGCGAGACUCCGUUUGUGAAUCAUCUGCGCGGCGUACGAGCGCACGUUUGUGUUUCUGGCCCCAGCUGGUGGUCAGGGUUAUGAUUGGUUGAGUGAAGGCAGAAUCAGUCAGAAACAGUACUGUACCAAUCUACCCGCAUCCUUUGUCGUCCGUCCCCCUCGGCUAUUUUAGCUUGGCCGACUUUGUCCUGUCAUUUGGUUACCUGCUCGUGACCUUUGACGCUCAUACGGAGCCUGUUUGCUUCUGGAAGUCAGUGGACUGGUGUGCGCCCAAUUCUGAUUGGCAGGUUUCAACCUCUACAUGCCUCUUUCAGUGCAACCGUUGACUUGUUGGUCGAUUAAUUUGUCAGUAAUUUGUGAGUAUAAUUAGGUUUUAAAAAUGUUUCUGAUUAUGAGAUUUUUUAAGACCGCGCAAUGUCCAUUCAUAAAGCAUCGUACCUGUCCGUUUACCACUGCCGCUCAUGAAAUGUGCAUCAUAGUCCGCAUCCAUUGCACAAUUUUGUGGACUCCAUAUGAUAUCUUUUUAAAUGCAUAAAAGACUGUGAUUUUCUUUAUGUGGAGCGCAUGCACCUUGUAGGCUGAAAUCACUAAGCGCUAAUGCAACGACUGAUCGGGCUCCAAAUAAUUCUGCAAUUGAAAAACUUUUUUAAGACUUACUUGUACUUGCGUCGUUUGGGCAACCAGUAGCCUAGCUCUCAUGGUCAGGACCCUUUUUGCUGCUGAUGUUGACAUCACACACUGCACGGGGAUCUAGCAUGAGGCAGUUUUGUAGAGAUAAGUCACUUCAAAUAGGUUUAUGUGCCUUUAUUAAACGAGUUAAGGGUUUUAUUUGUCAGAGUCAUUUUGUGAGAGAACUCGUCUUAAAACCUUUCCCCUUAAACCGUAGACUAGUUUAGUUCAGAAGAUGAUGAACUUUAAUGAGUCUUAGUUUCUAAAUCCGGACUGACUUUUUGCAUUAUUAAGGUCUCCAGGGUCAUGUGUAAGCAUGUUUUCUGAAAACGUUUUCAUCCGCUUUUUAUGUUUUUUACAGAAUCAUCCGGAGCCGCACAAAGUGAUGAAGUGUAUGUACAGUAAGUGACCGAUCUCAUGAAAUGUUGGCUGAAUUUCUGAAAUGCGUUUUUACUUACGAAGGAUUACUUAGGGGCGGUUGUAAUACUAAUCAUCCUGCGACAUAAUCCUACAAUAUUUCGGACCCGGCAGGAUGUCACCUAUUGAAUACCCUGCUCUUCAAACUGCCAUGGCAACCGUACUCGGUAAAAAGUGACUACUGAAGUAGCAUCAAUUCGUCCCAUUGGUUUUCGAUGGUCUUGCAAAUUCAAAUAUGUUUUAUAGAAACCCCGAACAAAAGUACGCUUUCUUUCGGUCAUUUGAUAAGGAACCACGUAAUCUUGAUAUUUGAUGCUCGAAGAAUGAGUAUAAUUAGGUUUUAAAAAUGUUUCUGAUUAUGAGAUUUUUUAAGACCGCGCAAUGUCCAUUCAUAAAGCAUCGUACCUGUCCGUUUACCACUGCCGCUCAUGAAAUGUGCAUCAUAGUCCGCAUCCAUUGCACAAUUUUGUGGACUCCAUAUGAUAUCUUUUUAAAUGCAUAAAAGACUGUGAUUUUCUUUAUGUGGAGCGCAUGCACCUUGUAGGCUGAAAUCACUAAGCGCUAAUGCAACGACUGAUCGGGCUCCAAAUAAUUCUGCAAUUGAAAAACUUUUUUAAGACUUAAUUAUACUCAUUCUUCGAGUAUAAAAUAUAAAGAUGAUGUGGUUUUCUAUCCAACGCCUGAAAGAAAGCUUACUUUUGUUCGGGGUUUCUAUAAAACAUAUUUGAAUUUGCAAGACCAUCGAAAACCAAUGGGACAAACUGAUGCUACUUCAGUAGUCAUUUUUACCGAGUACGGUUACCAUGGGAGUUUGAAGAGCAGGGUAUUCAACUAUUGACAUCCUGCCGAGUCCGAAAUAUUAUAGGAUUAUGUCGCUGACUGACUAGUAUUACAACUGCCCCUAAGUAAUGCUUCCUAAGUAAGAACGCAUUUCAGAAUUUUAGCCAACAUUUCAUGAGAUCUGUCACUCACUGUAUGCGGACAAGUUGGCCUGCUCUGUAAACUAGACUAACAUCCCCUAUUUUACUGCCGGAUUUUGGGGCAACUGUCUGGAAGUACCCAAUUUACGAGUUUUCCGACAGCAAUUUCCUUCCAAAGGAUCCUGAAACCUUAACUUUAUACAGAUCCUUCUGAACGUCGUAUGACAAUAGCCUAGAUAUUUGAAAUUCAGGUAUUGCUUUCUAGGGAGAGAUCGUUACAGGUAGCCGGGGAGACUCACCGGGAGGCCUACGAUGUUUGAACUUGCAUCCCUUGUUUUCUGUUAAUGUUCCUGUCAGAGACUCAAGGAGCUUUUCACUCCCCCCCACCCCCCAAAAUAUUAGCUUGAGAAAGUAGAGCUAGCGAUGGUAGGGCGCAGUUCAAGAAGUCACCUUUGUGGUUCCUGUCUUUGUUCGUCCUCACUGAACACUCUGUUCACAUACAAUUGUUUGUGCCAAAUAAUUUUACCUUGCUGCUCCUAAAAACAUCACCUUUUUGUUGCCUUUACUCAGGUCAAACACCGUAUUGCUUUGUCAAAACUUGAUCAUGCUACAAACUCGGAGAAUACUUCACACUAUUCUUGUGAGAACACUUUUCCCUGGUCAGCCGAAGUGAAUCGCGUGAGGCAGGAGGUGUUUAAAAUUCAGGCCUUCAGAUCACUUCAACUUCUGGCCAUUAAUGCCUAUCUCGAUGGUCGAGACGUAAUACUCGUCAUGCCCACUGGUAAGCACUCGUCCGCACCCUUCUUUUGCAAUCUGUUUGGACCUUCUGACGGGUCUGUGGGGAUAAUUUUUCCGCACUGGAAACCCGGGAUUCACAAAGGUGAGACUAAAUAUAGCAGUUAAUAGCCAAGGGAAGUUCAUAAAGUACAGGAUACAGGGAAGAAUAACAGCCUCGCUCAGAUGCGCUGAACCAAAACGGGAGUCAGACUGACUCACGGUACGUGUUUAUCAGGCCGCGCUGAGCCCAUGACUACUGCCGUACAUGCGUGUGACAUGCUUUUUAGCGGUAGGUCGUCGCCCCCAACGGACUGCGCUGCAGUUGUGCUGGACAAAGACGGGAGCCAGCCUGUAUCAGGGCCCACGUUAAUCGGACCGGCCGGGGGGGGGGGUGUUGGCACGUCCAGGCGUAGACCCUGACGCCGCGUCAGCUACUGCGCCAAAUCCCACCAGUUGCUGGUUGGCAGACCAGGACGGUCGAAUGGUGCAUGGGUGAGUGAAGAGGGGGUAAAGCCGACACCAAAGAAUCCACCCUCCGGACACAUCAGCGCAUUUCCCGCUACCAUAAAUCUUACUCGGAUAAGUCUAUCAGGAAUCGCUAAGGGUCCUGGCCUGGAAGGUUGCCAAAUGAUCGGACAAUUCAGUCCUUAUAAGGACUGCGAGUUGGGCUGUAAUGGCUCCUCGCUGUAGCCUCUAUGGCGCUCUCACUCCUAUGAGACUCGAGUUGCCCUUUAAAGUUGCCCGAUAUGUUUUGGGGACCAGAUCGUUUGUGUGGUACGCGUAGACGGGUUGUACUUAGCCGUGUCAGCCAUUGCGCCCGAGUCAACCUCCGGUCGUUUUGACCGUGUCUUGCAGUCAGAGCUUGAUAAGUAAGGGGGGGGGGGGGCAGAUGCGACAGAUGCCGCGCAAAAAUAUACCAUUUGGAGUCCUCUCAUUAUUUAUUACGCCUAAAUAUAUUGGUCCAUCAUCACAAAACCAUCUCAUGAUGAAGGAGACACGAUCUCUGGGACAAGAGCUUUAUUAGCCUGACGUUUCGGAUUCCUGCUCGAAUCCAUCCUCAGAGACAAAAAAGCAGAAACGGGUGGUUGUUGCACAAGGGGCUGCGGUAUUUAUAGGAUGCAGUAGCCAUGCUACCACAUACCUAUGAGCAGUAUAUUUGGGCAAAACCAUCUCAGUCAAAUGGAGAUCAAGGGCCUGUCUAAAAUAUGUCUAUAUUUUAACAUCGUGUGAAUUGUUUGGUGUAAGCACCAUGCAACCAUGUGCAUUUCAAAAGUAUUUUAGUAAGUCUUACAAAAAAUGAGUGCUUGUUUUCAUAGUCGUGUUGUUCAAAGGACUUGACUCAAUUCGAAAGAACUGUGGCUCUUUUAUAUUCCGUAAGCCAUUCCAAGCGGAGUUCUCUGUUCUAGUUUACCCGAGUUCUGUAUUUAGUUGAAACAUCUGACGGAAAAACAACAACGUUUGCCUUGCUACUUUAAUUGCCUAGGUAGCUUGGGUAAUUGUCUCUUUUUAAUUUCCUCAAAAAUUAUCUACGAGGUUGGAGUAGAUCAGUUUAUUCAAGGUCUGUAGGCUCAGACCGAGAUUUUCAUGUAUGAAUAUUUGGGCCGAAGUCCAUCAGCCACAGCGGGUAACCGUGUAAUAUUCAGUAAUUACCGACAGGCAGUCAGUAGUGUACUUUAGGAUAGGGUGAUACCAUACUAGGGAAUGCUGCGGGACCCACUGACGAGCCGAACUCCCCACAACUGCGCCAUGCAGCGGCUGAAUAUCGGCGAAACACGCGUGUAUGAGCUUUUAGCUAGUACCUCUGCUGUUAGUAUGGUAUCAUCUUACCCUGAAAUAGCUUGGGCAAGUUACCAGUACAUUGCUAAUAGGGGUUAUCGGCUUGGUUAAGGUUGGGGUGAAGGUUAGGGCUGGGGUUUGGUGGCCGUACUGCUAGCCCUAACUUCUAACUUUAAUCCAACCCGGUGUUUACUGAAACAGGGCCAGAUAAACACGUUACGUGUUCUAGGUGGCACCAUAUGUUGUCGAUCACAGCGUCACAGGUACUUGCAUAUCCCUCACUACCUUCGCAAAGUACUCAGUUAUUAUUUUGCACGAUUUUACAGGGUGUUCUUUUACCAUUUUUUUGCUGCGUACCUUGGUUGCGGACUCACCACUGCUGCCAAUGACAGUCGCCAAUUGCCCACGGGGCUACUGCAGCACUGUCAUUGGCUUCCUACAUAAGGUACCGCGCAGUUCUGUCAACGCAUGAUGCGUCUACAUAAACACCGGCGAUCGCGUGCAUUUUCUUCUACUUUUCCGCACUCAGGCCAGUUCUAGUGUUUCCACCCGUGCAACUCCGAUUACCACCAAAUUCAAGUUGCCAGUAUCUCAACAGUCGGUUGUAGGCCGUUGUUGCAUCAAGUUGGUUUGGUCUUUGUUUUGCGUUCAUUUUUGGGUAAGGUGUUCUUUUUACCGCCCGAUAAGUAAUACUUUGGGAGCACUUUAUCAAAGCCAUGUCUGAGCACGCAGUUAACUACACUAUAUGGCACGAGAUCAAGUACCCGCCGUAUUACUAGUGACUUUGCGCCAGAUUCCAGAUGGUUAGGGUUGGAGUUAGGAGAGUCAGGGUAAGAGUUAGGACACGGGAAUGGAUACCCUUCCUGGAAUUUAUUACAAGACCAUCUGCAAUAUUGGUUGGGGGGAGGGGGGGGGUACUUAUUCUGGCGUCCAACCAGCUACCCUACUGGAAUGUUGAACAUAUUCAAGUCCCAAAAGCCGGUUCUUCCGCUCCACGCGAGAAGGACUACCACUGUCUUGAGGGUGCAGUGCUGACUUACGUGUGAGAUAGGCCAUAGAAAAGAAAACUUCAGUUUUUCCAUGCCAGCCAUGUUCCAAUAGUAAGAGGAAGUCGCGGACGCGAUAGCUUAUGAGGCAGAAGCUACGUUUACGCGUAUCACACAGGUUUAUGUCUUCCGAUGUUCUUAACGUGUUUUAAGUAGACUAGCAAUUGUUUAAGGGUAUUUUUUCCAAUAUUGAUUUACCUUGUCACAGCCUGUUUGGUGACACAGGUGUUGCCUGGGUGAGAACGAUACUGUGCAUGCCGCCGACUUCUAUCUUUCCCUGUGGUCGCAGGUGCCGGAAAAAGUCUGGUCUACCAAUGUCCCUCCCUACUCACCACGCCCGAGUACCGCUCUCAGUUUACACUGGUUGUUAGUCCGCUGGUCUCCUUGAUGACGGAUCAGGCCCUGAACCUGCAGCGCCUGGGCAUUCCACCGUCCGCGAUAGCUGUCCUGGACUCCAGCACCCCCCCUCCAACACAGCAGAAAAUUCUCCUGGACAUCUGUGGAGAUGGUACUGAGAAGGUGUGUCUGCAAUGCCACUGCUUCACAUUUCGGGGACGGAGGAGCAGUAGGCUCUAAAUCCUCCCCUCCACUCCCACCACGGUUUACACAUAUAAAGUUCCUUUCUCUAAACGGAAGCGAGUAUAAGCCCACAGAAGCCGAAGUAAGCAACAUAAUGAAAAGAGGUUGGGAAUUUGUUUAUCAUCCACUCAGUUCAGAAUAUUCAAGGCAACUCUAGGUAUGCGCCUUUGAAGUUCCUAUUUGUUAUAACCAAUGAAUGUAUGUUAAAGAAUUCAGGAAAAAAAGCAUGAAAUACGUAUAAAAAAGGUCAAAACCUUACGGAAGCACGCGACUAUCCCAACCAUUAGUAGCACCGAUAUAUAUAUAUAUAUAUAUAUAUAUAUAUAUAUUGGAAAGGUAAUACCGACAAAGACAAGGGAGACCGGAAUGGCCAUUUCUGGCUUAUUAGCCGUCAUCAGCCAGUCAUACCCAACCCCAAGUGUGGAUCACUUGAGAUUCGAACCCGGGAUCUUUGGUCAUGGAGUUGAACGCUCUACCAUUGAGCCACGGGCCCGUUGUCCUGUCGGUUGUGAUCGGGAAUAUUAAUUAUGAUAGUGGGCGCUCACCAGAAAUGGCCAUUCCGGUCUCCCUUGUCUUUGUCGGUAUUACCUUUCCAACAUAUAUCACUAGUCGCUGUGCGACUGCCUGCGAGGGUUUAAGUAUGAGCCCCAAGGCACAACGGAACGAGCAUGUUCCGUAACCUGAUCGGUGAGCGCCCACUAUCAUAAUAUAUAUAUAUAUAUAUAUAUAUAUAUAUAUAUAUACAUAUAUAUAUAUAUACAUACACAUUAGUUAGCGCGCAAAACAGUAUUCAGUUCAUGUACGAGUAUGCUGCAGGGAAUGGUACGAUGUCAGUUGUAGUCAAGUGCUAACACGAGCGCCAGCGGUUUUGUACAAUGAGGUACGAGGUAGAAAAUAAACGCUACUGAAAACUUCGCAGUAGUAUCCGAAACAGCGAUUUGUGGUUUGUUCGGGGCAUCAGAACAACUUUGCCCGGACAGGUAGAGUAUUCCCUGCUCCAAUCACUCCAUUGGAGAGCAAUUUCCGCGUGUUCGGCCUGACUCCAAUCACACAUACUUUGGAUGGAUGCCUUCGCAGGUUCGCUGUGAUUUCAGACUCCCGGUACGAGUCAGCAGUCCUGACUACACUGCGGAACAACUGCAUCAGCUCCCCGAGUAGCAUACAGAUAAGAAAACUUUGUAUCGCGGGCUAGUGCGCCCCGUCAGUUGACCAGUUUGGUUGUGCGCCUCUUCAAACUUUUUCGAGAACGCUCUGGCCUUUGGAGAUCCAAAGUCUUCAGGUCUGGAUGGUUAACUCCAGUUGCGACCACGAAAACGUUCCAAAAAUUCUAGCAAAGCAGUCUUUGUCAACUGUUGCGAAUGCCGACUUUGGAAGAUACAGGACUGGCAUUGAGGACUUGAGUACCUUUGAGCAGCUCAGCGAUAAAUUAGGCGAAUUCAUGAUUCGUACACCGAAGCGCUCCUGAGUGCCCAUUUCUUAAACUCGAUAACGACUGCAUACACCAUAUUCCCGCCAUCAGCUGCUCCAAUUCAGCGUUCUAAACAAUAGAGCAAGUUUGUCACACAAGAACUGGGUCGGUUGUCAACGUUCGGGGAAGUCAACUGCACCAUAUUACAGGUGACCUUGCAUUAAAUUUUAGCCAAAGUUAGAGGUCAGGGUCAGGACUGGAAGGGUUGGGGUAAGUUUCAUGAGGGUUGGUGUUGGGGUUAGGGCCAGGGUAAGCGUUAGGGUUAAGGUCAAUGUUAGGGCACCGGAAUAGGAACCUCGGGAAUUUAGCACGAGGCCACCUGUAAUAAUAGGCGGGGAGGUCCAUAUUCUUGUGUCUGACCGAUGUAGGUAGUCGCCGCAGAUUUGCCGCUAGUGCCCACAACAACUUACUUAAGUUCUUUUUCGGUAGGAUAUUUUCUUUAGAUGUGUUCAUUAUAUGCAAAGCCCGUCUCUAACACGUGGAAGGAUACAAGGUCACAUUCUUCUCUUUUGAGAUUUGUGGAUUGAUUACUGAAAAAUGGUAUUUCUGGUUAGAAUUUGGGAAAAAAUCCUUCAGGCAGGUUCGUUGGUGAGAAACCAUCAAAGAACCUGAUGACUGCGUCUAGAUCGGCCCAUCAUUGUGCACCAGUUUGCAUUCGAUCGACCUACUGACCUAGUUGUGGCGUCGGGAUUUUUAACCGCAAACUUUAAUGGUGUUCUCUUUGUAACAUGUAGGGGCGCCUUAUCUAACAUGCACACCCGAAUGCCCCAUAACUUAGUGCACCAGCAACGCGAUAACCUUUAAGUCGUCUCAGAAGUUGAGUCAUCCACUCGGUAUCGGAGUCUUGUUUAAGGCUCUAUCAUCUUCUCUGCAGCGCACGUCAGACGGUGAAAGUGCAGUCUCACAAGUUCGAACUCCGAACUCUCAUUACUGGUUUACAGGUUAUUGAAUGUAUUCGCUUAUCCGUGUGAUUUGCUUUGUCCCCUGUGUAAGGCACGGGAGUGAGUGCUCUCCUGUGUUACGGGUAGUCUUGCGCUGAAUCUCCGAGGGGGUUAGAAGUAGGACGCAGGGAUAUGUACAGUAGGUGGGCUUACUCAUGAAAUGUCCACCGAAAUUUCGAAAUGCGUUCUCGUUUCUAAAAGACUAAUUAAGUAUGGUUGUAAAACUAAUCAACUUGCAGUAUGAUUCUAUAAUGAUCCCGUUACCUCAGGGUGCCUUCUUUCGAACGAACUUAUUUGCGACUGCAUGCAAGAACUAUACUCUGCAAAAAUGACUACUUAAGUGGCAUGCAAUUUUCUCACUGAUUUUCGAUGUCCCUAAAUGUCCAAUUAUAUUUUAUGGAAAACAUGAAUGAAAAUAUCCAUUCUUCCGCUCAUUCGGUAGAAAAUUACGUCUUUCAAUUUUAUACUCGAAGGGGGAGUAUGAUUAGGUUUUAAAAAACUCCUCUAAUUCCCGAAUAAUGUUGAACCAGACCUACUGUUAUAAUUGCAUUCAGGGUUCCAAACCUACAGGCCGUAUCUUUUCCGUGUACGGAAAACCAUCCAUUUCUCUACGUUAUUAAGAGGAGGCCAUAUGGGGUUCACAAAAUUAAGCAGUCGAUUUGAGCAAUAUUGUUCACUUUACAUGCCACAUUGCUAAAUGCUGAUACAUGACGUUUUAUGGGCGGCCAUUCCAAGGUAUUAAAAAUCGCACAAUUUGGGACUUUUACAAAUCGAAUUAUACCCCUUCUUCAAGUAUAAAACUGAAAGAAGACGUUAUUUUCUACCGAAUAAAUAAAAGAAUGGAUAUUUUUAUGCAUUUUUUUCAUGAAAUAUAAUUGAACUCUUAAGGGCAUCAAAAUCAGUAAGAAAAUUGCAUGCUACUUAAGUCGUCAUUUUUGCAGAGUAUAGUUCAUGCAUGCAGUCGCAAAUAAGUUCGUUCGAAAGAAGGCAGCCUGAGGUAACUGGAUCAUUAAAGAAUUAUGUUGGACGGUGAUUAGUUUUACAACCAUAAUUAAUUUUUUCGAAACGAGAACGCAUUUCGAAAUUUCGGUUGACAUUUCAUGAGCUAGCCCACCUAAUGUACUCCUUGGAACUCAACGCAAGGCCACCGGCAGUACGGGGGAGAUGAUUGUUCUCAUGUUCAACCGCGCUUUAUUUUUGGAUAUAAUCCCGAAUAAUUCAAAAGUCAAUCUUGACAACCUUGCAAAUCACUAGGAAGACCUCUGUGGAGUCCACACGAUGGUCUCUGUCUACCAUGUGCUCGAGGAUAGAGCUGCUGAUGUUCUUUAUUUGUCCCUUUCCUAACCAUGCUGAGAGGUGUUCAUUUAUUCUUUUGGAUAAACGCCGGCUCGUGGGACCAAUAUAUUCUGCCCCACAGGAGCAGGUGAAGGCGUAAAUAAACAUAGAGAUGGUCUCAGCUGGUAGUUUGUCAUUGUCCUCUCCGUAUAGGAUGGGACUAACGGAAACAGUACGUGGGUGUCAGCUGCUGGAAAGGUCCGUGAUACAGCCUGAAUAAGACUACAAAACCCUCCUUAUUACUCCAUGGGUAGUCUCGGCCGCCGGGCUAUUCUCAGAAAAUUUUCCGUAUGCCCAUUUUCAUAUCGAACAACCGACAUCCGGCCUGCCGUCUGUGUUAUUUCAUGCGAUUCCACCAAUCCAUUCCCCAUUUGUAUGCUUACAGCCGGUGCCUGUGUUUUCCCGCACUCGCAGCAGAAACACUCCGAAAUUCGGAUACUCUUUGUCACACCAGAGAAGUUGUCCAAAUCAAAGAGGCUGAUGAACAGGCUAGAGAAGGCGCACAGUCGUGGACGACUGGCUCGGAUUGCAAUUGAUGAAGUUCACUGUGUGAGCCAGUGGGGCAAUGACUUUCGACCCGAUUACAAAUUCCUCCACGUCCUCAAAACCCAGUUUCCCUCUGUUCCAUUCCUGGGCCUCACUGCCACUGCCUCCGCCGAGGUUGUGCUUGAUAUACAGAAGAUGCUUGGUUUGUCACAGGAUAACUGUCUUGUCCUACGAACUGGCUACAACAGGCCGAACCUGAACUACAAGGUAUGACUCCCUGCAUUCUGACUGACACUUCACUGUCCUUAGUGGUGCUGAUGUUGAAGGUCGAGGGGUUCGCCUCGAUACUUUGAUCCCCAUUCAACCACGUUCCUCUGUCCAUUUGACAGGUUAUCUUCCGGCCUGGGGCACCCACAGCAACAUAUCCGACCAUAAUUAAAUUACUGAAGACGGAAUUUGACGGCCAGUCGGGUAGGUGUUGUAUUCAUUCGUCCCAGUUUUGUCAACUAAUCUCUCCUGUGUGUGAAAUCCUGGUGUGUGUAUACAGUUAGUGACCUAACUCAUGAAAUUUGUCGAAAUUUACGAAUGAUUGCCAAUCACUCGCAAACCGACACCAUUUCAGGAGUCAAAUGUCUAUGUUAAUUAAGUACAAGUGCACUUAUGCCAGAGCAUUUUGGGUUCCAUUUUCUGCUUCCUAUUCCCUGCCCUUCAUAGGUCUCAUCUACUGCCUUUCCCAAAAAGACACGGAAGACUUGUCUGCGGCUCUCCAACAACAGGGCAUUGCCGCGGCUUUUUACCACGCAAACGUUGAUGCUGCGCAUCGAUCCGCCGUUCAUUCUAAAUGGAUUGACAAUCAGAUACUGGUGUGUCAGUCUACGCCCUUACUGCGUUUUCCUCUUCUCGUCGCGACAGCUCAAUAUUGGUUUCUAGUUUAGUACACCUACUGAACCGUUUUAAGUAGGAAUUUGAGACAAAUGAUAACUGGCUUCCACUGUGGCUCACAACCCCACCGCCUAAAACUUCCAAACACUUUAUCGAACGAUCCCCACUUACUUGGGUGUCAUAUAUAAGAGGGAGUAAAGUAAGAAAAAAAUUAUGCAGCAUAAAUAUGCUUGCUGCAUACGUCUUCAGGGUACGCUUUCGUUGAACAUUGCCUGCGCUUGCGUAUCCCUAGUAUUAACACUGUUUAAACCUUGGACGUUUGAUGUGCUUUUUCAGGCGAGGGUUUUUUUUACAAAUUGAGACCUAGGAGUGUCUUGAGGUCCUAAGUUAAGUCACAACCCAUGGACUAGGACCCGAAUGCUAUUGACUGGCCUGGCGCUAUUUUGUGGGGAUGCACACACGUGAGCUUUCUUUUGCUUUUCUAAAUGCGUGUGAAAAAACCAGGUAUGAAAUCUCGGUUUGCAGUACCAAUUUUUACAGGUCCCCGCGAGACCCAAAUCUUGCAUAACCAGGUGACACCUUUGGUCCUAAAAUUCUCUCGGUUGCCUGAUUGCCAGUAGUCCCCUUGAAAAACGCACGCAUCUUGUACUAAAAUUUCUCCGGAGUCGGAGUAAUUGCAUGUGUGAUACAGGAGCACACCCGAACCAUCUUCAUCUUCAGCGCUUUGGCAAGGCAAAUAUGUAGGCGCAGCCAUCGGCGUGGUUGGAGUAACAUUUCGAAAUUGGGGAAAAUAGUUUUUACUUAGGACAACACACGGGGGUCCUGUACCUGCGGCUACUAUUCCCCUCUAGAGGAGCAGGACGUUUAGUUCUGAACGCGUGAAAGUCGAAUUCAUGCACCUGGCAAGCACCAUCCCAAGUCUCAUCUGGAUUGAUGACGACAUUUCGGUUCUGAUCUCCCCGAUCACCUAGGCCUUUGAUGGGACACUCUGCUCAACACGAAAUUGGUCAGAUGCAGUCCCGCCGUUCUGAUUACGAUCUUUUACUGAGUCCGGACGUAGACAUUUUACCAAACUCGGACAAGAAGACUAAACGCCUUUCACUUUAAUUACCUCCUAGAUAAUAUUGAAGGGAAGGUGCGGCAAAGGAUGCUUGGCACCUAUGGUAUGUAGGAGCAAGUUAAACUGUAUUGGAGCGACCACAUGGGGAUGGUUGGCGACCGCCGAGACGGAGCGAGGGGCGUUCAAGACUUGACCGCGCCUACCAACAUCGCCAACACUCAACCCUCUCUGACAUGUCUGAAUCGUAAACUGACAUUAGGGCACGGAUUGGCCUCCUUUGGCAUCUUUGGGUCCACCGCAGUGUCAGCAUAAUCAACCUCCUUCUCAUAAACAAAACACCGUCACCAUCACCAUCGACAAUUCGACCGUGGUGACCGACGAUAUCCACCGGGAGCAGGCACGGUGAAGUCACCGCGUGAAUUAGUUUACAGUGAAAGUGGACUUGCGCAGCAUCUACGCAUUCCCUCCUCCUCCUCCUCCUCGUCGUCGUCCUCCUCCUCCUCCUCCUUCACCUGAGCCCGGUGUCAAGACAUGGUCAAGAAGACCGGUUGAGGGAGAGGACGCAAGUAGCUGACACGGUCGGAACAGCGCCUAGGCGUACCACCACACUCCCUAGUCCACAACAAACACUUGAUCACGCUUUUAUCCCACAACGAAAAUUGGGGAGGGGGGGUAGGAACCCCCAAUUGGCGCGACCUGAACGGACACCUGGUCCUGCCACUGCACCCCGAGUGUUGGCAUUUGUUAUGGGUGCGCAUUCCCGAUAACGCCUGCCAGAAACCUGUGCGGCCUCCGUGUUGGUCCAGCGCAUCUAUCACGUGGUUCCUUUUAGGGGUAUUCCGCCACAAUCAUCAUCAUCAUCAUCAUCAUCAUCAUCAUCAUCAUCAUCAUCAUCAUCAUCAUCAUCAUCAUCAUCAUCAUCAUCAUCAUCAUCAUCAUCAUCAUCAUCAUCAUCAUCAUCAUCAUCAUCAUCACCACUACCACCACCACCAUCAUCAUCCUCAUUAUCAUCACCAUCAUUUCUGUUAUCAACAUCAUCACCAGCGUUUCGGUUCUGGUUUGCCAUGACUUGAUAUCGUAAGACACCAAAACGACCGCUACCACAGUGAUCACCACCAGUGGCAGUAUAGACACACUGCCCACUUGUUCAUAUUGCAACCGCGCAUUCGAAUCACGUGGCGGCCCGGUCGACCACUCGCGAAUCUACCGUAUCAUGACUGGAGGAGCAGUGUUCGAUAUUUCGGCUGACCCCGUCAGUCACGCCUUCCGUGCUCACACUGUCUCGUGUCAUUCAGACGCCGCAUGGGUCUAUUCAACCAUCCGCGUUUACACGAAGACCAUCAGUAAGGUGACACAGCCCAGACCUCGCAUACGUCGACCCUUCUGCAAUCACGUAAACGCACUUAGGCUACGCAUGCACCUAUCCGACAACACACGCUUACAUGCCAUCUAUCAACGGAGCCUCACACACAGCUCUUAGAACGGCCUUGCGAUGCGAUUUGCCACCGUCGUCAAAGGGAUGUUGUGCAGCCCACUGAUGUAAGAGUUGUACUUUUAACGACGUCGGAUCUGAUUGGAGCGGGGGACCAGCAUGUGCGUCACACACGUAGGCGAGGGUUCUCACACCACGUCAGCCGUCAUUCGCAGUCUUAUUAUCAGUCGCCCGAUAGGCUUAAUACUGAUAAUAAUAAUAAUAAUCCCGACGCGUGUAACUCUACCAUGGGGCGUCGAAAGUUUUGACUUCAAAGGUUACGAAUUGGUGGGCUACCUUGGUCUUUCUCAUGAUCCCUUAGCCUGGCCUUUAUGCUACUCUCACGUGCAUGAGAUUGGAGACACCCGCCUGGACGAGGCCUUGUAAGCGCGAGACUGAUGAUUGAAUCCUGCAUAGCCCUCGUAAACGGGACGCUUCCACCUCCACCACUGGUCGUUUUGAACUCGCCUUCCCAUCGUAAGGCGAUGGGGUGGGAGGACAGAGCGAGGUAGAUGCAUCUCAAGUACGGUGGACAUCGUGGUCUGUGAUGGUCGAAACAUAAAUGGGAGGAGAGUGCAUACGCUUUUAUUUUUAAAGCAACGAAGAAGUCUCCAAAUACUACGAUUUAACUCAAACCAAAUGCUAAUAUGAAAAAGUCCAGUGGGCAGCACACGUUUUCGGUAAUUCAUCACCAGGUCCAUACAGUUGCACAAAAAAUGAAAAUAUGGCAAGUUGACAGGGUUUAUAGGUGUCUCGGGGGUUAUUGAAACACAUCGUUCCCAAGCCACCCACAUGGUGAUAUCGGCGUGUUGUGGUCAUUGGGGCAAUGGGGGGGGGGGGAAAUGACAUAGGCCGUGAGUGAUGUUUGUAAGUCGUUGUCAUCCAGGGAUUAGGGAGGCGUGCAAUCACCAUCUUGGGGCCGGUGCCGGCUACGGAAGACAGAACAACUGUGCCAACGUCUUCUGACAACGUACUGUUGGAUUUGCUAGCUGUAUAGCUACUGCCUCUGCCGUAGCUAGCACCAGUCGGCGUAGGCCUUUAAAGAAGUUUGCUCGUCUCCGGUAGACAACCGGAAAGGCUUCUUUGACAGCGACUGGGUGAUUCGUGCCAACAACAUGUGCAGGAAUAGAACUCGAAAUUGAUCUGUUUUCACCUCUGUCUAGCCAAGCCGGUAUGUUUUCACGUACCUCCUUUUAUAGGCGUCUCGUUGUUCGGCCACAGUAUCCUGUUCCACAGGAGCAAGUCAAUGAGUAAGCGCACAUCGAUGUGGCCUGCAACGGUAGCCGGUCUUUACUUCUCGACUGUAGAAAGGGAGAGUUCGUGAGGAAAAUGCGUAAGUUCACCGCAGGGAAAGCGUUCAUGAUAGUUGUCCUUAGUCGUCGUCUUACUAAUUCGCCCAGAAGAGGCAGUCUUGGCAGUAAGUCUUUCUUUUCUGCGGUUUCCGUGGUAGGCUUUGUAGUGUGCUUCCCAACCUUCCAGAAGGAUAACUUUCUUGGGGUAUCCGUUUUCGCGAAUUAUCUUCCGCAGGUGUUGGAGUUCUGUUUCAACAGUUUUAAGAGAACACAUACGCCACACUCUUGCCGUCAAUCCCUGGACCAAAACUGGAAAAACUAAUAUAUUCUCCUGUCCAGGCUUUCCUCCGGAAUACCCUAUGUUGAAUAGGUCCAUUCUCUUGUCCGCACAGAAUGACAUCGGGGAACGCAAUUUCGUUGUCUGCUCCGGACUUUGCAGAGGACUUUAGAGAUGGGUGCGCAUCCUUAAAUUUUUAGACCGGGGCAUCGUAGUUGCUGAAAUGACCACUUAUCGCUCGAACCCCAUUUUCUUAACGAAAGUGUCAGCGCACGGUUUCAGUCAGUCAAGUAUAAGCUUUUCGUGUUAAAGCGGAGUAACACCUAUUGGAUGGCGACCCAAACCUCAGAGCCUUCCUCGGUCAUGGAAGGGUCACUGAAACCACGCUAUUGCGUUGGUCCACAGUUUUUGUAUUUAGGUGUUCGGUCUCAUCAUUUUUAUUUUCUUUGGCCGCGCUUGUCUUUUUCUGGAUGAUUUCUUGCCUUAUGCUUAUUCUUCGUGUAAAGUGUAGAUUAAUGGUUUGUAUUGCAGCCCUCGAACUCCCCUUUCCUCACGUGUCGUAAGGCAGUCUGUGAAUGGAAUUAUUCAAUCGAAGCAAAUGCCGUUAUUUGUUCAUUGGCCUGGAGUCAUAGGUGUAAAGCACGAAGGAUAGUGUGGGAUGUCAUAUCCUGAAGAAUUGUCACAAGCAAACUACCACUGCCUUUGGGAGCUGGCGAGACCCUCGAAAAUUUGCUACUUUUGUUUAAUUUUAUCUCUCUUACUGACAGUAUUUGGUGAUAUUAGCAUGCUGAAAAUAAGCGUCGCCUCCACUGCCUGGCUAGAUGACAGUUCGACCGACGCUGUCCACCGUGUGCUGCACAGCAUUGUGAGAGCAGGCACGGUGACUUGCCCACGAAUAAAUUUAUAGUGAGAGUGGACUUGCGCAGCAUAUGCCGCACUCUCUCUUUCCCCACUCCCCGUCUGGGCCCGGUGUGAAGACAUAGUCAAGAAGACCGGAGCCGAGAUAGGCCGCAGGUGGCUAGCACGGCGAAAAACCACACCCAGGCCUGCCAACACACCUGAUCCACAGUGAACACUUGACCUUGAAGAAGGAGACACGAUCGCUGGGACAAGAGCUCUAUUAGCCUGACGUUUCGGAUUCUUGCUCGAACCCAUCAUCAGAGACAAAGCAGAUACGGGUGGUUCAUGCAUUAGGGGCUGCAGUAUUUGUAGAAUGCAGUAGCCAUGCUACCGCAUACCUAUGAAUAUUCACGGCUCCCUCCCCUUCAUCAGGCAUCGUUGCACGUGGCGUGAUAGCCGACAUUCGCGUCGUUAAUUGCUGCAAUUUCAUCACGCGCGUUGGAUGCUGGUGUGAUGAUUGCUCGACCAUCUGAUGCGCUGACCCUGGUGUUGGGAAAAGUGUUCACCUGUGCGCCUCCCGCGUGGCUAAUUACUCCGCUUAGGCGAAGUCUCAGCACGGAAUAUGGAAGGGGAAGGUCAUUGCACUUUUUAAUGGACUGGGGGCCAGUAAACCAUGACUCAAGCAGCUACCGGCUCACGCGGUUGUCACCUCUUGCAAGAAUUUCGGCCUCUUCGAAUUUGAAUGUGUGGCCGGAUCUCGUCGAAUGAGCCGCAACUUGAGAGCUGGCGUCAUUUCUCCGCACCGCUGCAGCGUGUUCGGCCAUUCGCGUUCGGAGCUGUCUUCCGGCUUCCCCGACGUAGUUGCUUUGUCCGCAUCUGCACCAGAUCCAGUUUACUGGCCACCAGUCAAUUAACAAGUGCAAUGAUCUUCCCAUUCCAUACUCGGUGCUGAGACUUCGCCUAAGCGGAGUAAUUAGCCAUGCCGGGAGCGCACAGGUGAACACUUUUCCCAACACCAGGGUCAGCGCAUCAGAUGGUCGAGCAAUCAUCACACCAGCAUCCAACGCGCGUAAUGAAAUUGCAGCAAUUAACGACGCGAAUGUCGGCUAUCUCGCCACGUGCAACGAUGCCUGAUGAAGGGGGGGGGGAGCCGUGAAUAUUCAUAGGUAUGCGGUAGCAUGGCUACUGCAUCCUAUAAAUACUACAACCUCUUGUGCAUGAACCACCCGUAUCUGCUGUUGUCUCUGAUGAUGGGUUCGAGCAGGAAUCCGAAACGUCAGGCUACUAAAGCUCUUGUCCCAACGAUCGUGUCUCCUUCUUCAAGACAACUUCCUGGGACUUGUCUCUUCGCUUUUAUUGGCAAACACUUGACCAGGAUUUGGACCAACGACAACACUACAUUGGGUCAAAAAGAGAAGUCUGACUGAGCAGUCAUACACACGACCUGUGUACCUAGCGGGAGCGCAAGCGCAUCUACUGGCAGGGAACUAUUUGCUAGAGAACUGUCAGGGCCUGCGAGUGUCAUGAUUUGGUGAAUCAUGGCAUAGCAGACGCACACAAUCCUUAGGACUAGAUACGUGCGCUAACACAGCGAGCAAUUAUUCGGUAGUUGGAUGCUGAUCCGGUGAUGCACACGUCUUGAUUGCGUUUGUGAAACGGGAGCUUGUUAGGCUUUAGGAUUACGAUGGAACUUGCUGCGGGCCUCGGACUUUUGUCUACUUGUGUUUCAUUCAACAGCCCAAGUAUCUGAAGCCAAAACUGUGACAUAGUACCUAACAAUGUUUGACAAUUGCAAAUAACAUGCAAGGUUGACUGCCUUCUGCGUUCUUUUUUGUAAAUCUGCACCCCAUCGGAAUCGCAUUACGUACGAGGCUAGAGGUAAUCUAGUUGCGUCUGGUAAUGAAUCAAAUUGGCUCCGCGAUCGACUAGAACAGGUAUUUGGAGUUUAUUUUACCCUGAUAGGGAGUUCACCUCUUGGUUUUGUCUCCACACCGGGUCCAGGUCAUGGAGUGGAGGAGAGUGCGGUAGAUUCUGCGCAAUCUCACUAUCAGUAUAAAUUAAUUUAUGCGCAUGUUACCGUGCCUGUUUCACCUUGGUGCGUAGCACACGGUGGUGGACACCGUCGGAAUCGACGGUCGAACUGUCGACGUGAACUGCUAAACCGUUCUGUCCAAGGCGCCAUAUCCAAGGCUAACGGAGCUGUCCAGUUUGCGUUUCCUGAUAAAAAAACAAAAACCUGGUCACCAGGCCCUCGAUAAGUGCAGGCACUGGCUUGUGCUAUAGAGCCGAGGGCGUGUUGACUUGUUGUCCCGCAAAAAGUGUUUGCUAGUCGAAGCCAGUUUUCGACGAGAUGACUACUGCCACUCGUAAACGUCGACUGACCAGCUUCUGGAUCGCCUUAAACGUUUUCACACCUAAAAGUAUUGAAAAGGGGAAAAUGGUUGAUCAUUCUCACCGCAUUUCUGGUGUUCGUCUGUUUGUUCUGCUAUUAUCGGCGACGUCUAAAAUGCACUCUUCAUAAGGAAACUAUAUGUAGCUGUGCCCAGUCUAUUAGGAUCGAUGACUUGCUAUUGUGGUAGGUGGUACGCGGCUUUGGCCAAGUCAGUCGCGGUUAGUCCUGCCUCAACUUUUCACCCUCUCCCUUUUCCGCCAGGUAAUUGUCGCCACAGUGGCCUUCGGAAUGGGCAUAGACAAGCCGGAUGUGCGAUUUGUUUUCCACUUGUCGGCCAGCAAGAGUCUGGAGAACUACUACCAGGAGUCUGGUCGUGCAGGACGUGAUGAACGUCCAAGCAGUGUCGUCCUCUUCUGGCGUUUGGGCGACUUCUUUCGACUCGCCAGUAUGGUUGUUGCGGAACGUACAGGCGUGGCCAAACUGCUUGCCAUGUUGGGCUACAGCCUGGAGGCCAGUCAAUGUCGUCGCCAACUUUUGGCUGCAGGACUUGGGGACCGGACUUGGAGCGCCUCCGACUGCCGUGCUGCCUGUGAUAUCUGCAGGACUGCAAGCACCCGCAAAGGUUACCUAUCAUCUCUUAUCUGAAAUGGCCCCCCCCCACAGUCAAUUUCACAUGACAGGCCUGUUUUGCGCUCCUCGCUGUUGACUUUGGGUAUCUGCAGUGCAUCUGACAAAACCAUAUGGGCAUGUUUUUGUCCUAUAGUGUGCGUCCGAUGAAUUGGCGACAUGCUUCCACAUCGAGGUCAGCAUCCGAGUUCAGAAAGUUGAUCCUGUCUUUGUAGUCUGCGGCAGGGCCAGCCAAAACGCACGGACCAUAACCUCCCCCGGUUGUCCAAAAUCUGGGUCACUUGUGACUCGCUUAGUGGUGCUUACGUAGGCCAUGGAAGUGACGCGUGGAUUCGAAAGCGGACCUCCCUUUCCACUCCGUCGGUGCACCAGUUUGUGGUUCCAAUAUUCUGCCAAUCGGCGGUGGGUGGAGGCUAGUUAGAUGGUGAACAAAGUCUACCAUGCGGACAGGUAAUUUGUUAGAACAGUGUCCAAUCUCACAUCUGAAUGGUCCACGAUUGCUUAUCUUUUAAACACGAGGACUUUCAUAUUUGAGUAAGAAAGAAGACGACUGGUUGAGCACAGGAGCCAUUUGUUUAUAUUUUCUGAGCUCUCGAACUCGCGCGGAAGUCCAUCGUCAGAACUAAAAGUGUCAACAGAAAAACCGACAGUUAUGGGAGGUAUCGACAAGGCAAACACCAGUGACACAGGUCUGGAGGUGACUGCAUAGUGCUCUGUACGCCUGCGCCAGGUCGAUACAUCGACCGACUGAGUUUCCCUCCGAGGCCCAGGCAUCAAUCAGUUUAUCGGCUUGUCUUGUUUCCGAUGUGGGCGACUAGCUUAUUGACUACGGAGUUAAACCCGUUAAAUCCGUUUUUAAAGCGCGGGCAGCCAGUUGUGACAAUUUGUCACCCCCUCUCACAGCCAGCUUAUGUUCAUGUAUACGCGGACCGAUCCAUGCAAAUUCUCACGUUCGUACAUGGCCGUUUUCCGUAACGGCCAAAUGUAGUCCACAACGACGUCUCUGCGAUCGCUUUUUCGUCCAGCCCUAGGACUUGCUUAUUUUUCAUCUAACCAGUCCACUGUCUGCCACCUGCUGAUACGCCGGGUGCAGCUAGACCAACCGGCGGCAUUCGUCUUACUGCGUUUCCUGUUGUCUCUGGGGCGCCGGUCGAGGAUGAAACAGAUACACAUGUUACUGGACUGAGUAACGUGCUCAUAAUGUGCUGCGGAUACCUGGUGUCUCCGUUACCGGAUUCUCACCUUGCUUACAGUGCGCGACCGAUCUCCCGAAAUGUUGGACAAAAUUCUGGAAUGCGUUUCUUAUUAGGAAGGAUUACUUACGUGAGGUUGUUAUACUGAUUACCGUGCAGCCUAACCCUACAACAUUUCGGACUCGCCAGGAUGUCGGCUUUUGAAUGCACUUCUGUUCGACCUUCUCCAGAAGCCACACUCGGUAAAAAAUGACUACUUACGUAGCAUGCAUUUGUCCUAUUGAUUUUCGAUCGUCUUAUAAAUUCAAACAAAUUUUACAGAGAUCACGCACAAAAUAUGCUUUCUUUUGCUCAUUUGGUAGGAAAUCACAUUUUCUUCAUAUUUUAUGCCCGAAGAAAGUGUAUAUUUUAGUUUUCAAAAGGUUUCUGAUUAUGACAUUUUUAAGACCGUGCGAUGUCCAUGCAUGCAUGACCGCACAUGUCCGUUUACUAAUGCCCCUCAUGAAAUGUACAAUACAGUCCGGAUCCAUUGCAAAAUUUCAUGAACCCUAUAUGGUAUAUUCCUUACGCGGAAAGCGGGCACCUUGCAGACUGAAAUUACUAAACGCUGCUGCAAUGGCAGAUUAGGCUGGAAAUUAUUCGGGAAUCGGUAAACUUUUUUAAAACCAAAAUAUACACUUUCUUCGGGCAUAAAAUAUGAAGACAAUGCGAUUUCCUACCAAAUGAGCAAAAGAAAGCAUAUUUUGUGCACAUUCUCUAUAAAAUAUAUUUGAAUUUACAAGAUCAUCGAAAAUCAAUAGGAAAAUGCAUGUUGCCUAAGUAGUCAUUUUUUUUACCGAGUGUGGUUUCUGCAAGUAAAAAAGAAGUGCAUUCAAAGGCCGACACCCCGUUGAGUCCGAAAUGUUAUAGGAUUAUAAAUAAAUAAAUAAUUUUUUAUUAAAGACCCGUCGGGGUCCCAUCAAAGCAAGUUAAAAUAAAUUUACAUGUGAGUUUUAGACGAGGUAGGCUGAAUCUUUACAAAAUGCAAUUCAUAGUUUCUGAAUUAGUAGUCCAUUGAGAAACAUGAUGAUUGAGGGGUGAAAAAACUCCUUACAAAAAGUUAAAAAUGAUUGGAUUAAUUUUACAGAAAAAAACCCUCAGAAAAAAUCAAUAUAACAACCCCACGUAUGUAAUCCUUCCUAAUCAGAAACGCAGUCCAGAAUUUUGGCCGGCAUUUCAUGAGAUCGGUCACUCACUGUAUCUCCUCUUGAACAUUUUGCCGAAUGUGAUGUCUGACUGAAACCGGUGAUACUCCUGCCUCCCACUCCGUGUACGUUUUUUGUUUUUGACCCUUUUAUGAUUCCGAGUCUGUCCGUCAGUUACAGAGGGCGGCAAGGCGACUGACUCCUAUGCGAUUGGUGUUACGUCGAUCCCCUCUAAACACCUUCCGCGAUAAAUACUCAAGUUCACUAGACGCAGACCCGAGUUCGGUCAAAAAAGCGAAUAGGCUAUAUGUCAAGUUCGUACACGGUUGACGUGCAAUUGACGUGCGGAACAAUCAUUAGGUAUUUAAUUCUGGAUACGAUGCCGGCUUUUGAAUGAAUUUCUUUUUCAAUCAUCUGCGAAAACUGCACUCGACCCAAAAUGACUGCCUAAGUAGUAUGCAUUCUUCUCUUAAAUAGACAUUGGAGACUAUUUUCAAGCAGUUAGAGUGAGCCCUAUUUAUACUGGACACUUCCGGACGAUGGAUGCUGGGCUAUCUUUUUAACGUUCGGGCCAUGUCUAAAAUUCCUAUCGAAGAUUGUCAUACCGAAACCUUGUAUACUACUAAGUUGGCCCAUUGGCUGGCCUCACGCCUACCUCAGAGGCUUUAUCGCAUCCGGGCGAGGUCGCCCGUAGCGGGUUGGCUCACUGCUCAAUUUUCCCAUCACACUGCUCGGCAGACAGAGACUUUGACACCGCGCAUCAGAAGCUGUCGACUAGCUGAAGAGCUUAACUGUCUGGAGACCGGGAAGGCUGACAUUGUCUCCCUUAUUUUCAAUGACCUUGUUAUCAGACUCGCCCUGGCUGCAUCUGUGCCAACCCGGGUGUCAGCAUGUGACUUGUUUGAUCUCUGUUCAGCAACACCGGCGCGAAGUCAAUCUCGCUGGCUUUGGUGACAGGACGUCGUGACCAUCCACAGGUCAGAAACCGAGAACAUCCACGCCGUUUACGAAUGUUUGUUUGUACAGUCGCCUUAGUAAACCGAUGAGCCACAGUCGCGAUUGUGCGCCCGAUGAUACCACCUGACUGCAGAAAUGUAAUAUACCUUUGUUAAAAAAGUACAUAUCUCAUUUCAUACCGGGUUUGCCAUCGUCAUUUCGAUUUACAAAAUUUAUACUCAAGGCUUCAACCUCCUUUUGACGAUUUCCCCUGCAGCUGCUGUCGUCAAUGCCGUGGACCUACUGGGGUGCGUGGAUGCAAUUCUAACGAACCAACAACAACGUCUCACCGGUGCCAAAGUAGUCAACCUAUUGGCCAAGGAGAAGCUGGUUGGCGCGUUGCUGGACAAGGUAGGCGCGGUCGUCUCACGCACCACCUGCCUUCGCUUUGCGGAAUACUUUGUGGCAUGGUGCCUGCUGCAGUCUUAUCUUCGAAUGGACUAUCAUUUCACGCCUUAUUCCACAGUCAUCUACCUUUCCGCGACACAGCGCACUACGCAGCUCCAGAAACUCCCCAUACCUCCCUGGGUGUUGAGUGCCCAACCAGAAGAGGACUCUGAUGCUUCCUCCUCCCCCACCCCGUCCGCCUCCCCCUCCUCUUCUGUCGUUAUCCUCGAUAAAAGGGCCAGAAAGCGAUUGGCUGAGAGCCCUGUAGAUGAAGUGACGCAGAUUGAUUCAGAUUAA